GCACUAUCAUUGGCGUUUUAACUGUGGACGGUUGCUACUCGCACUUGCUGGCGGAUUAACGGCAUAUAGAUAUAUAUAUAUUUAUAUAUAUACCACUAUAUCUGGAGCUAUUAUGUACAAGUCUGCGUAGAGGGAGAGCGUUUGAAGGCGAAAGAAAAUCCAUUCUUAACAAAUCUAGCGCAAAUCUUAACAAAAUACUGUUACAAAACAUUAAAAAAAAACAAAAAAAUGAUGUACCAAAGCAGUUGAUUAAGAAAAAAACAACAAAAAUUAAACACCAAAAUAUAUAUAAUUAAAAAUAUAUAGUACAUUAAUAACCAAUAAGCGUUAACCUAAACUUAAUCCAUAACAUAAAAGGAACUGCACCUAACAAAUUGUUUAAAAGAACUCGCUUCAUAGAUAAAACACCCUUGUACGACCCGAGUGACAAGACGAAUAAAUAAAUCCAAGUUAAAGCAAAAGCGGAAAAAGCACUAAAAUGGCCGAUAAAAAAAUUGGUGAAUACUACGCACCGCCGGUAAAAAUGGGAAAGUGGGAGGGUUUCAAAAAAUUCCUAUGGAACAGUGAAACUAGCCAAUGCCUUGGACGUACCGGUUCCAGUUGGGCAAAAAUUCUUCUGUUCUACAUAAUAUUUUAUGCGGCGUUAACCGGAUUCUUUGCUGCCAUUUUUACGGUAUUUUAUCAAACGCUGGACAAUGAAAAGCCAAAAUGGAUGCUUGAUAAUGGUUUGAUUGGAUCCAACCCAGGUCUCGGCUUCCGACCAAUGCCCCCAGAAGCGAAUGUUGAGAGCACAUUAGUUUGGUACGAAUCGUCUAAGAAGGACAACUACAAAUACUGGGUAGACGAGACCUCUCGUUUCCUGAAAUAUCACACUUACGAGGAUCUUGAGAAGCAGAAUCAAGUAAAUUGCAGCUUCGAGCAGCCUCCAAAGGAAGACAAAGUCUGCGGCAUUGAGGUAUCCAGCUUCGCACCAUGUACAGCUGAAAACAACUUUGGCUAUAACGUGGCCAGGCCCUGUAUAUUCCUAAAGUUGAACAAGAUUUACAAUUGGAUACCAGAAAUUUACAAUGAUUCGAAAACCUUACCAGAUCAUAUGCCGGAGGAACUGAAGCAGCACAUUAAAGAAAAGCAAAGCCUUCGGCCCAAUGAAACAAAUGUAGUUUGGGUCUCCUGUGAGGGUGAAAAUCCCGCCGAUGUCGAGAACAUUAAAGCACGUGAUUACUAUCCACGCAUGGGUUUCCCUCGUUACUACUUUCCCUUCAAAAAUAUUCAGGGAUACAUACCGCCCAUUGUUGCUGUUCAAUUCACCGUUGAAACCGGCGUUUUGAUCAACAUUGAAUGUAAAGCUUGGGCCCGUAACAUCAACCACGACCGUUCAGACAGAAGAGGAUCCGUUCACUUCGAGUUGAUGGUUGAUUAAGAAACACGUUAUGAAAAUGACAACGGUGAGAAGGGAUCGGCAGAUCGGCAGUAUCAAAGCAGCGGAUAUCGCGAAAUCGAAGAGAAAUUGAAGUAAAAGAAAAGAAAGAAGUAUAGAAACAAAAGAGCAACAAAACCCACAAGCAAAAUAGAAACAAGAAAAGUGUAGCAAUGCAUAAACAAUUAGUUAUUGCAAGAAAAAACAUGCGAGAUACAGCAGCAACCAAAGACAAAAUUAAAAAAGAAGCUACCAGAACAAAAUGAAAAACAUAAAAAUUACAAAAACUAGCCCUAUAAAGCAAAAUAAAAAGCUAAAGAAAAUAAAAACUUACCCAACGCUAAAUAAAGAACACCCCACACAAAAUCACACAAACACCUUAUUUUUAGGACAGUUUUAUUUAGUUCAUAAUUUAGACAACAAGCAUAUUAGUUCAGAAAUAAACUUUUAAAACAAAAA